GAGUACCUGGACGUGGGUAUGAACGGCCGCUGACCCAGCCGGCACACGCUGGACGCCUAGCCCGGCUCUCUAUAAAGGCAGGCCGCACGCCCCACUGGCCACAGUCGCUCAGCAUCCGACGCCGACCGCACCUGCAGACAUGAACGCCCUGGUGGUCCUCUCGCUGGCCGUGGCGGCCGCGCUCGCCGAGCCCAGGCCGGGCUACCUGGGCGCCACCACGUACGCCGCGGGGCUCGGCAUCCACGCCGCCCCGCUGACGCUGCCCGCCGCCUCCGUGCUGGCGCCCGCCGUCUCCUCGCAGUUCCACGCGCAGGACGAGCUCGGCCAGUACCACUACGGCUACAGCGGCGGCCCCUCCGCCAAGGAGGAGAUCCGCACCGCCGACGGCUCCGUCGCGGGGGCCUACUCCUACGUGGACGCCCACGGCAUCGUGCAGAGCGCCCACUACGUGUCCGACCCCGUCAACGGCUUCCGCGUCGCCGCCACUAACCUCCCGGUCGGUCCCGCCGCUCCCGCCCCCGCCGUCGUGGCAGCCGCCCCCGCCCCCGCCGUCGCCGUGGCCGCCGCGCCCGCCGUCGUCGCCGACACCCCCGAAGUCGCCGCCGCCAAGGCCGCCCACUUCAACGCCCACCUGGCCGCCAAGGCCGCCGUCCUCGGCCGCAAGAAGCGCAGCCCCGGCUUCCUGAGCGCAGCCGCCCCCGCCGCCGUGCUGUCCACCCCCGCCGCCACCGCCCUCGCCGCCCCCGUGGCCUACGCCUCCCCCACUGUGGUCGUCGCUCCCGCCCGCAGCUUCGCCUACUCCGCCGUCGCCGCUCACGGUGCGCAGGUGGUCCCCGCCGGUCCCGUGGCUGCCUACGCCGCCGCCGCCCCCGUCGUGGCCGCCGCCCCUGCGGCGCACGUGGUCGCCGCCGCCCCCGCCACCGUCGCCUACUCCGCCCCCGCACCUGUCGCCUACUCCGCACCCGCCGCCGCGGCCGUCGUGCCAGUGGCCGCCUCCAGCCAGUACCGCGUCCAGGACGAACUCGGCCAGUACACCUACGGCUACGCCGACGGAAACUCCGCCAAGACUGAGAGCCGCGCUGCUGACGGCUCCACUGUCGGCGGCUACUCCUACGUAGACGGCAACGGCCUGGUGCAGAGUGUCAAGUACCACGCCGAUAGCCUGGGCUUCAGGGUCGCCGCCACCAACCUGCCCGUCGGACCUGCCUAAGUUGAACAUCACAUCUGCUCCCUCCCUGGAAAUGUUUACCACAUGCAUACACACACACACACACGUAACAUAUACCUGUAUGGCAAGCACAAAUGUCGGGAUGGAUACCUGUUGCUACACUGCUGCAUCCUAGUCUCAGCACGUGAUGGGACGCACCUUGUAACACAGGUUGCUUCCACUUUCGGACACAGACAGGCCUUGGCGCCGGAUGACGACUGAGCGAGUGCCCCUGCUGGGCUGGAGCCGUCCUCAGCCCCCUUGCUGAGGGCGGGCUGUGCCAGAGCAGAGUCCACUGUCCACUCUUCCGCCACUCGUACCUUUCUUCCCUUAAUUUAAUGUAUAGAACACUGUAAAUCUUCAUUUGUGUAAAUAUGCAAUAAUAUAUUAUUAUUGAUACAUAUUUGCACUGAAAAAACUGUCUGUUUUAUACUAUGUGCAAUAAAUGUUUUUAGAAUCAA